UCCCAUGUGUAACAGUGUCUUCAACCAUGGCUCCUUGUAGUCAUCAGUCAAAUCUUUUUCCUUGUAUGGUACUACUGUUCAACUGCCUUCCCAGUCACUUUCUCAUGUCACAGUGUUUUAUUUCAAUUUUGAUGCAGAUGGCCAAACCACUUGUCUUGUGAGUUGUGACUUCACCAACGAACUUCAGUAUAACAAAAACAAAAGCAAAAGCAAAAAAUAAUUUCUUUCAUUUUCAACUCAAUCCAUGGAUCUCUCAAGUCCUAAAUUCUUUCAACCCUCACCUAUAUUUCCAUCUACUGGGGAACCUGGAUUGGAGAGCAACAAUGGAUUCUAUGGGAAAAACAAGGACAACCCUUUUGUUGAUUCUUUCCCUGACCCUCUUUGUAAGCUUAAUCUCAAAGAAACUUCUGAGUUUGUCAAGUCAUUUCCUGUGGCUGUAAACAAUAACAUUUCAGCUCAGAGGAGGAGAGAGGGUGUGAACUCAGUCACACAAAGGAGAAUGGAAGCUCCUUCUACUCCUGGUAGGCCUGUUUUCAGCUUCAAUGUUGGCAAUUUUUCAAGAAAGAGUGUUCCUUCCAAGUGGGAUGAUGCAGAAAAAUGGUUGAAUAGUAGUUCUUGCCAUGAGUCUCCGGCUCAUACAAUGAAGCCAAUACCAGAAUCUUCCAAGAACCACAAACAAGGUGAAAUCUUUAAGCAACAAAUGGAGGUUUUCUCUGAGAAAUCCAGGGUUACAGAAGAAAAGGUAUCAAAGUUUGCUUCAAGCUUUCAAGGCUCUGUGUGUUUGGACCACCCUAAUUCAGUCAGGGCUUUUAAUGGGGUCUCAGGUUCAACUGAUGUCCUUCUAAAAGAUAAGUUCACGGACGAGGUAGAACUGAUUUUACCAAAUAUCAGAUACUCAGAGCCAUCAAAAGAAGGGUUUCUAUUUAGAAACUCUAACAAUGAAACCAUGAAAGAUGCAGGCACAGAAGUGAUUCAACACAGGGAUAUUGGAACAGAGAUGACACCAUUAGGCAGUUCCACGGUUUCUAGAUGCCACACACCAUUCAAAAGCUCAUCACCUGCGCGACAUAACACUCCUGCCAAUAGGUCAGGCCCAUUGACUUUAGGACAUUUGGACAGUACCAGUAGCACCAUUGACAUUUCCCAGCUGCAGGAGUGUCAUUUGGCUAAGCUACAACUUGGGACACAAUAUGAUUCGGUAACAUCAAAUUGGAGCUCAAGGGAAGAGGAGGAAGAAGAAAUAUCAAAGAGCUUAAGGCAUUUUGAAACCAGCACUGGAUGCUGGAAAAGUGUUUCAGACUCCAGAGCUGCUGCUUAUGAAGAAGAAGAAAAGACCAAGUGCUGCCUCAGGUAUCAGAGAGAAGAAGCAAAAAUUCAAGCUUGGGUGAACCUUCAAAGUGCAAAAGCAGAAGCUCAAUCAAAAAAACUUGAGGUUAAAAUACAAAAGAUGAGAUCAAACCUUGAAGAGAAGUUGAUGAAGAGAAUGGCCAUUGUUCACAGAAAAGCGGAGGAAUGGCGAGCAGCAGCCCAGCAACAACACACACAGCAAAUUCAAAAGGCCACAGAACAAGCACAGAAGAUCAGACAUAAUGACCAUAUUUCUGGGCACAGCUCUUGUGGCUGCUUCCCUUGCAAUAACUAUCACUGAGCAAGAAACAAUAGAUGGAUAGAUAAAAAUCUUCAUUAUGUGACUUAAUUUACUUCUACAAAGAAAUCCCAUUAGUAUAUUUCACUGCGAAGCAAACAAGAGUAGGUCCAUGCCAUUGCCAAUGUGUUAUAUGGGUUGUAGUGGCACAAUGCAGUAGCAUUUAUAUGAUUUGGCUUUAUCUUGAGAAUUUUUUUCCUGCAGACAAACCUACAACUACAAGAAACUCAUCUGACAAAAGUUGAGCCUAGCUACUGUGCAUUGGCUGGCCCAGCAGCUUUGUGAUUUUCUGAUUAUUGCCCUUGCAGUGGACCUGAGAGCCAAUAUUAAAGCCACAUGGG